CGAGGCCCCAGAACAAACGCUCUCUAUUUUUCUCUGUAAAUUUUCAUUUCUUGCCCUAAAAUUACAGGGACAAGAACAAGGUGUGUGUGUCCUAAUUUGAUGGGGGUUCCGGUGAAUUUUCUGUCCCAGCUAUGGAGUUUCAUCUCCUUCCUACCUUUCUUCUUCUUGCUUCUCAUCCUCGGCCUCGUCAAAGCUGCGAUCAUUGGGCCGGUGGCGCUAUGCAUUAUUUUCAUUGGAAAUUCAGCUGUAAUUGCUGGGCUUUGGAUAGCACAUUUUGUUUGGACGUACUACGGCGUAGCAAGAAGCAAGAGGCUUGGACUUGUGUUAAAGAUUCUAGUGCUGGUAUUACUUCCGGUGCCGCUUGUCCUUUGGCCAGUUGUUGGAGUUGUCGGGAGUCUUUUAGGUGGGAUUGGAUAUGGGUUUUUUUCUCCCCUUCUUGCGACAUUUGAGGCUGUUGGCGAGAAUGUCCCUGACAAGUUCUACCACUGCUUUGUAGAUGGUUCCUGGUCGACAAUCAAAGGAAGCUGCAUAAUCGUCCAGGAUCUCACAGAUUUUUGCUUCCAUUCUUACUUCUCCUACAUGGAUGAACUAAUGGAACAGACACCUGCCGAUGAAAAGCCCAUGGAUAUAGAGUUGAUGAAACUGCCAGGUUGUUUGUUGGUGAGUGUGAUUGGAGUCCCAGCGGACGUGUCUUUGAUUACAGCUGUUGCACUAUGGAAAAGUCCAUACAUGCUGUUUAAAGGAUGGAAGAGGCUAUUAGAAGACUUGAUAGGCAGAGAGGGACCAUUCUUGGAAACAGAAUGUGUUCCAUUUGCUGGUCUUGCCAUUCUUCUAUGGCCUCUGGCAGUUGUUGGAGGUGUAGUAGCUUCUUUCUUCUGCAGCUUCUUUUUAGGACUAUAUAGUGGUGCUAUUGUGUAUCAGGAAGACUCAGUCCGCCUGGGACUUGCCUUCAUCGUUUCAGUGGUUUCACUGUAUGAUGAAUAUGUAAAUGAUUUACUGUACUUGAGGGAGGGAUCCUGCUUUCCCAGGCCGAUAUACCGUAGAAAUAUGAGCUUUUGCUCGGAGAUGAAGAGCUCUGGUGACAAUGAUAAUAAUGAUUCGAAGAACGGUAGAGAAGGCUUAUAUAGAUCAAAACUUGUGUCGCAACAAUCAAGAAUUUGGAAGCAGGCACUCCACCGAUAUAAAGCAGUGCAGGUGUGGGGCUGGCUAUUCAAAUCUUGCGAGAUUAAUGGUAGAAUUCUCCUUCGUGAUGGUCUGAUAGAUGUCAAGGAUGUAGAAGAAUGUAUCUUGAAGGGAAACUGUAAGAAGUUGGGAAUCAAACUACCUGCUUGGUCGAUAUUUCAAUGUCUUCUUGUGUCAGCCAAGUCUAGUUCGUCCGGGUUGGUAAUAUCUGAUGAUGUAGAGUUGACAAAGUCAAAUGGGCCAAGGGAUAAAGUGUUCGACUGGUUCAUUGGACCAUUGUUGAUCAUGAAAGAGCAAAUAAGGAAUAUGCAACUGGACGCGAACGAAGAAAUGGCUCUGAGAUAUGUGUUUAUGAAAUGCAAAAUUGAAACACCUGAGGAGUGGGAUGGCACUGAAUUUCCAUCUGCAGAUCCUGUCCGAAGGGCACAGUUGCAAGCCAUAUUUAGAAGACUACAGGGUCUCAUAGCUUCCAUGUCUAGGGUGCCAACAUUCAGACGCCGCUUUAGAAAUUUGGUAAAGGUUCUGUAUCUAGAAGCAGUUCAGUCUGCUGCUUCUGGUCAUCACAUAGGAGGAAUAUUAACUCCUGGAAAGGGCAACCAGAGUGUGAUGGGAAGUGAGGACGAGAAAGAAUCAAAGGAAGGAGACAAGAUUGUUGUGGAUGUAGCAGAACGGAAUACUUGUGACAAUGGGAACAACAGUUUGAUGGUAAGUGAGAACGAGAAAGAAUCAAAGGAAGGAGAAGUAAUUGUUCUGGAUGUAGCAGAACGGAAUACUUAUGACAAUGGGAACAAGAGUUUGAUGGGAAGUGAGAAGGAAGGAGAAGAAAUUUUUGUGGACGUAGCAGAACAGAAUACGUAUGACAAUGGGAAAAGGAGUUCAAUGGGAAGUGAGAGACGGAAAGAAUCGAAGGAAGGAGAAGAAAUUGUUGUGGAUGUAGCAGAACAGAAUAUUUAUAACAAUGGGAACAUAGUAUGAGUGUGAUUUCUGUAAAAUGCAUUUACACGUAGGUUUGGGAAUUGUAGAACUAGGUUGCAACUAGCAAGAGUAUUAUGUUUCCUUUUUGUAAAGUAUUGUGGACUGGGGAUGAGAAUGGCCCCUUUUGAGUAGAAGAACUGAUUUAGAUUUGUAAUGACAACACAAACUGAGAGGAUAUUAGUGUUUGUUCUUGCAAUACUUUGGUCCUUUACAAGUAUCCAGUUAAAAGGUGGUGGUUGGACAA